AUAAAAUCCCUAAAUUUAGGGCCGCGGGGUGUUUUGCUUUUUCAAGUACCUUAUCUCAGAUACUGUAUUUUUAAUGCUACCAACGGCAUACAAUUCUAGUGCUAUGUAAAUGCAUAUCCUCACUGGUUGAUCUGCAUUGCCUAUCACGGUGAUAAAUAAAUUUGCAACUGAACAUAGCACAAUGAUCUUAUCCAAAUGCAACACAGCACAAACUAGUAUGCCUCAUAAAUUCCAGCCUGCAAUGGCUUCACGAAAUAAUUCAUCCUACUCCACAUUUUGGCCCUCCAAUUUUAGUACAGGUAAGAAAACAUCCUUAUAUUUAAGCUCAAAGCCCACUGUAUUUUCUAGUUUUUCGUAUUGUAAAAUUGUGUGCAAAAUCGAAGUAGACACGGAGAAAUUAAAGCGGCGCCUUGUGAAGAAGGGUUUCAUGCCCACGCCCAAGAUUAUUCACAAGCUGAGAAAGAAAGAAAUUCAGAAAGUGAACAGAAAGGCCAAGAAAAACCCCGAAAAAGAGCCUCCGCCACGGGUUAAGAAGAUCAUGGAAGAGGAGGCUCUCUUCGAAAAAGCGUGUCGUGAAUACGAGAUGCUUAUGGCGGAAUUAGAAGACAAGGCAGAAAAUCCUUCUAUUGACGAUGGAAAAUUUAGAGAGAAAGAUUCUGUUCAAUCUGCAGGAGAAGAGUUUUCUGUCAGCGACGGAGAACUUAGAAAAGAAGAAUUUUGUGUCAAUGAUGGAACGGUCACUGAAAUGAAAUUUUCUCUCGGUGACGGAAAAUUUACAGCAGAAGAAUUUUUCGCUGGUGACGGAAAAUCUUCGGGAGAAGGGUUCUCUGCUAGUGGGGGGAAAUUCACAGGAGAAGAAAUUUCUGUUGGUGAUAGAAAAUUUACAGGAGAAGAGAUUUCUGUUCUCGAUGAAAAGUUCGCAGUAGAGGAAAUUUCUGUUGCCGGUAGAAUAUCUGGAGGAGAUGCAUUUUCUUUCAGCGAUGGAAUAUAUACAGAAGACGGCAGAAAAUUUACAGAGGGAAUUUCUGUUAGUAAUAGAAACUUUAAGGAAGAAAUUUCUAUUAUUGAUGAUGAUGGCUAUGGUAAUGGCGUUGAUAAUCUAUUCCGAGAAAUGGAAGAAAUUUCUGUCUCUGAUGACGGUAGCGAUGAUGAUAACUAUGAUGAUAAUGGGGUGGGGAUGGAAGGGACAUUGCGGGGGAGGACAGUAGAAAUUGAAGAAAAGGAGGAUUUAAAUUCUGGUGUAGGCACUGUUUGGUCCGAAAGACAUGAGAAAACAAGGUUUAGUCAUUGGGCCGAUAAGGGUGUGAAAAUGGAAGAGAAGUCCUUGGGGAGGGCAAUGGGAAUCGAAAAUAGUGGUUUGGAAUAUGGCGUGGUCAAUUAUAGGUCUGAACAACAUGAGAUAGUGAGGACUACUCGUAGUUAUGAGAGAGUGGAUCGUUCUGUUUUUUCAGAAGAGCUUCGUGUCAUUGAUAUUGAUAAUGACUUGGAUAACAAGGAUGAUAGUCAAGGUGUGAAAACGGAAGGCAAGUCCGGGAAGUUCUGGGAGCGAGCAAGGGAAAUUGAAAAUAAUGGUGUGAACAGUUUUAGGUCUGAAAGAGACGGUAGAAUGAGGGCUAUUCAUGCUGACGAGAGAAUGAAGGGUUCUGUCAGUCAUAUAAAAUUUACAAAAAGGAUUUCUGUCACUGAUGGUGAUGGCGAUGGUGAUGCUAAGGGUGUGCAAAUGAAAGGGAGGCCCUGGGAAAGGGCAGGGAAAACUGAAAAAUCGAAGGGUAUAAAAUCUGGUUUGAGCAAAUGUAUGUCUGGAAGAGAUGGGAGAAUGAGGGCUCAUCGUAGUGAUAUUGAUGAGAGAGUGAAUCAGGAAGAUUUGGAGGAUUUUAGAGAAAUGCUCGUGAAACGUGGAAAUGUGGAGCUCCAGGAUCUGCAUUGGCUUCUGGAUGAUGAACUGGGUGAUGAUAAACUUGGUGCAGGGAAUGAAAACUGUAGCAAACAGGAGGUUACAGAAAGGCCAAGAGGUCCAAUUGAUGAGGAGAAACAGAUACAGUGGCUCACAGAAAGGUUGGAUAGUGUAAAUGUUAAAAUGCCUACAUGGCAGCUCUCAAAUCUGAUGCACAGUGCAAGAAUGAAGUUCACUGAUGGUCGUUUGGUAAAGAUCAUCCAAGUUUUAGGUGAUCUGGGCAACUGGAGGAAAGCAGUUGAAGUAGUUCACUGGGUCCAUAACCGUAAACGUUACCAGUACUGUAAAGGCAGGUAUGUGUAUACAACCCUGCUUGCUGUGCUUGGGAAGGCAAGGAGGCCAAUAGAAGCAUUGAAUGUCUUUCACGCAAUGCGUGAACAUAUUUCGUCUUACCCUGACAUGCCAGCAUAUCGUUGUAUUGCAACUACUCUUGGGCAAGCUGGUUAUCUCAAAGAGCUUUUGAAUAUCAUUGAUUGUUUACGUACAGGUCCUGCAAAUCUGAUGAAGAAUGUGAAAUUUCUACAUUGGGAUCCUCGCCUGGAACCCGAUGUGGUUGUCUAUAAUGCUGUGUUAAAUGCUUGUGUUCCUUGGAAAGAAUGGAAAGGAGCUUUUUGGGUGUUGCAACAGAUGAGACAAAAUGGAUUAAGACCUUCGUGUGUGACUUAUGGGCUUGCAAUUGAGGUAAUGGUUGCUUCUGGCAAGUACGAGCUGGUACACAUGCUUGUUGAGAAAAUGGAAAAAGCAGGCCUGACACCAAAUGCUUUGACUUACAAAGCUAUUGUACGUGCUUUUCGGAAAGAAAAAAAGACUGAUGAAGCUCUGAGAGCAGUUGAGGAGAUGAAGUGUAGAGGAGUGGUUCCAACAGCAAGUGUUUACUAUGAACUAGCAUCCUGCCUUUGUAGUGCUGGAAGAUGGAAAGAUGCUUUGUUUCAGGUUGAGAAUUUAUGUAAGUGUCCUCCUGUUAAACCUUUGGUUGUCACAUUCACUGGCCUAAUUCAGUGUUCUGCAGAAGCUGGACAUAUACAUGAUUGUGUAUCUAUUUUCAAAUAUAUGCAAAAAUUUUGCACACCUAAUAUAGGAACUGUCAAUGUCUUGAUAAAAGCAUAUGGAGAAAAUAAUAUGUUCCAAGAAGCCAAAGCAUUGUUUGAGGGGGUUAAGAAAGGGAGGAUUGGUCAACAAAAUCUUGGAAGUAAUGCUUCCAGGCUCAGUCCAGAUACUUUUACAUACAAUGCAAUGUUAGAGGCAUGCGCUAUGGCAGGCGAGUGGGGAUACUUGGACAAUGUGUACAAGCAGAUGAUUCUUAAUGGUAACUCAGUUGAUCAAAAUCGACAUGCAUGGCUGAUAGUGGCGGCUUCGAGAGCUGGAAAGUCACAUUUGUUGGACCAUGCAUUUGACCAGCUUAUUGAGCAGGGUAAGAUUCCUCAUGUUUCACUCUACAAAGAAAAGAUAUGUCAAAGCUUACAGUCAGAAGAAUAUGAUAAAGUUAUUAACUACAUAAACACCAUGGCCAAAGGAUCAAUGGAGAUAUCUGAAACUGAGUGGACAGAGCUAUUCAAGAUCACCAAUUGUAUCACAAAAGACAGAUUGAGACACUUAUCAGAUAAGGUGAACAGUUAUGUAGCAGAUGAUGAUUUGAGGAGCUGCAUCUUCAGUAAUUUGAUGAAGUCCUUGCAUCUUUUAUGUGGACUGAAUACGUCAUUAGAACCUAUAAAACUUAUCAACAACCUGCGCAUGAUGAAAUAUGAUGGGCAAAUCCAUUCAUAUGUAAAUAGUAUGCCCCUUUAUUCAAUAGGGGAAAAUGAAAAAGUGACAAUUAACAUUCGAAAUCGAUAUAUUAUGGACAAGAUUGGAAUGCAGAAUUCAAAGCCUUGCAUGAAAAAUGAUAUUCUAAACCCUUUUGUAAGUGAGGAAAAGGAUUAUGAUGUGGAUAAUUUUGGAGAUACUAAUUUGCCAUCGGCAGACAAGAUACUGAUGGAAUGGAGGCAGAAUGUCAAAAAAAAGGGUCUUGUACAGUGUUAGUUUUUACAAAUUUAACCCGAUCCUCUUUCAGGUCUUUUCUGUAUUAUUAAAAGAUAUUUUGUAUAUUCAAUGUCUUUAUAGUUUUAUUGUA